AUGGCUGUAGAGCUCAGGCUUGGCCCGCCUGACCAUUCCAUACAGGAUAUGCUAAUUCAGCGCCGUGGGAUCUUUGAGGGCACCGCACAUGACGCAGAAUAUUAUGCCGUAGUUGAGAGAAUGCGGGUAUAUGUUAUGUGCUACUAUGUUUCCUCUUGUAUCUCUCUAGCAAUGAGAAAGCCCACUCACUUCAAGUACAUUGGAAACGUUGCAGAUAGUUGCGCCCUGUUGCAGCGACUUUCCCCUACCUCAACCAACGGGACUCUAUGCUGCUUUGUUCAAUUACAAGCACUGGCAGAGGAGGUCGAGCAGCUUUUUCAAUACAAUAGCGGUCAAAUGCCAGAGGCUGUAGGCUAUAUGCAAGUACAAGCCAUGAUGACCACGCUCCGGGGCAAGCUUGAUCAACUGAUUGAAGGACUUCCCCCUCAAGCGCAAACAAACAAAUCAGAACUUCUAUAUGCUAUUCUAGUGCUGGCUACCGCAACACUCGGGGGGGUCACUGUUGGUGAUCCCGGGCAAUUUCGAGAACUCGCAGACAUUCCUGCGUACCUUACGAAUCUCCGGGACAAGAUGAUGUGCAUGGGGACGAUAACAGAUACUGGAGAAGACAGGCGGGACUAUUACUGGAAGAUGAUGCAAUUCUUCAAGCAUUGCCUAAACUGGAUUUCACACUACUCUGGCAAUGAGGCGCACUCAAUAGGCGAUUGUGCGGCUCCUGGUGAUGCUAAUAUGUCGUUUCAAAGGAUCCUGGAGAAUGUUCCUUCAGAAGAAGUAACGCAAGACAACUCAGCAUUCAACGACUUGGAUUUGGAAUGGAUAUGGACUGCUCCAGACUUUUAG